AGAAAACUCCGAUAUUUAUUUAUUCUCUAACUAAUUAGUAUCAGUUCAUUUAAAUAUUGUAAGUAGUGGGAGGUCAUAGAUAAAAUAAUUUACUCGAAUGGCGAUUAUUAAUUUGUUACAAUUUUACCUUGAAUGGUUUGAACAACUUGUUCAGAUCAAGGAGUUUUAUAAUCGCAUCAUGUUGAUAAGCCGUAGCACAGAAUAAUAUAUUAAAUAAUUACUUAUAAGCAGUACUUACAACAACUGCACUCUUCUGCAAUAUCUGAAAUUUCAGUGUGCUAAUGUACUUUCAAUUGUUGAGAUAAAGGAGCAGUAGAUAUUUUUUUGCUUUUUAGCUUUUGUAUCAACUGUUUCACGAUGGUACAAGCAUGGUUCAUGAAAGAAAAUUGGACUGGUGAUCAACGUGAAGAACACCAUAUGCAGCCGCCUGAAUUUGUUGAUUUGGAUACUCUAUUUAAACUCACCUUAGUCGAACAUUUCAAAGUUAAUGAAUCAGAUCCUAUUAAUGAUAAACUAUUAAACUCCAUUAAAAAGGAUCGAGGUUACUCUUACGAGGAUGAGAUAAUAUGUUCUAAAGAAUGCUUACCAAACUAUGAAAGUAAAUUAAAAAUGUUCUUUGAAGAGCAUUUACACACAGAUGAAGAAAUUCGAUUGGUUUUGGAAGGCUCAGGUUACUUUGAUGUUAGAGAUGGUGUAAAUGACAAAUGGAUUCGUAUUAAAGUUGAACCUGGUGAUUUGUUGAUAAUUCCAAAGGGAAUUUACCAUCGUUUCACAUUAGAUACAAAUAAUUUUAUCAAAGCCAAAAGAUUCUUUGUAGGAGAACCUGUCUGGACACCACAUAAUAGACCUGCAGAUAAUAUGGAUUGCAGAAAGGAAUAUUUGAAUCAAAUAACAUCUUGUUAAAUAAAAUAUUUCUAUAAAAGGGUAUUUUAAUGUUAAUAAUUCAAUUGUCAUUUUAUUACAUAAAAUAUUUUUUAUCUUUA